CGACCGGUGACCUGGUGACCUGGUGACCCGGAGGCCCAGCUGAGGAGAUGCAGCCGGUUCUGACCAGUGUCUUUGGGCACAAUGUGUGAGUCCGUGCCUCUGGCAUUAGCCUGGCUCUUUGCUUUGCAGUUGGUUACUGUAGCUCAUUAUUUAUUUGUACUUCGCAAAGAUGUUUGGACCGGUCAAAGAAAGAAGAGAUGCUGAUUGUUUCCCACUGCAAUGCUGUGAGGCCUCUUAAUAGUGACAAUGGAUCUGGUUCUGCCUUCAGAUGCCCCUCGUCCAGGUCUCUCUGCCGGGGCCGUCGCUGGGAUCGUCAUCGGGUCACUGGCGGGGGCGGCGCUGGUUGGAGUCGGGGUCUAUUUCCUCUGUUCAGGCCGCCAGAGCAAGACCCCCAGGCGGGGUGAGAUGACCCCCCCCAGAGUACGAGAACCAGCCCCCCGCAGCCCGGGCGGGCCCAGCGGCCCCGCCCAGGAGCCCCCCAGACACCAGCCCACAUAUGAGACGCUGCAGCCCGGACAGCGGGACGUGUAUGACCAGCUGCAGAGAUGAGGCCUCCCCAGUGCCCUGGUGCAUGCUGGGAAGAUCCCUGUGUGACGAACUGGGCCUGUUCUUGCUGGGGUGUGUGAAUGCUGACA